AUCAAUAACACCUUUUACCGUUUAAGUCACAUCUUAUAAAAUGCCGCAUUUAUACAUCCCACUAUUUUUAAUAACCUUAUUAUAUUUUCUAUAUCGGCAUUUCACUGAAAAACUAAACUAUUGGAAAACCAAAAACGUCGCUGGACCGCAACCGAUCCCGUUCUUCGGAAAUUUAAAAGAUUCUGCCUUAAGAAGAGUACCUGUCGGAUUACUGUACAAAAAGUUUUACGAAGAGUUUCCUGAAGAAAAAGUCGUUGGUAUAUAUUUGAUGAAAACACCAGCUAUACUUAUUAGAGAUUUAGAAAUAGCAAAGAAUGUUUUGAUAAAAGAUUUUGAUGUAUUUGCUGAUAGAGGGAUCAAGUUUGGAGAAAAAGAUAUGGGUGCUAAUCUAUUUCAUGCUGAUGGUGAUACUUGGAGAGUGCUCAGAGCUCGAUUUACCCCACUUUUCACAUCAGGGAAGCUGAAAAACAUGUUGCAUCUUAUAAAUGAACGGGCGGAAAAGUUUUUGGAGCAUGUAGAAUUGAUUACCAAAGAUAAUAAUGAACAUGAAGUGCAUUCAUUAGUACAAAAAUACACACAAGCAACAAUAGCAGCGUGCGCGUUUGGUCUAGACAUGGACACAUACGGUCAACUAUCAGACACGUUAAAAAGAAUAGACAAGAAAAUCUUCACAGUAAAUUCUAGCUCCAUGCUAGACAUGCUGUACCCAGGCAUACUUAAAAAAAUGGGCGGAUCAAAGUUCCCGAAAGAAGUCAAAGAAUUCUUCUUCGAUUUAACAAAAAGAAUCAUCAAUCAAAGACAAGAACCUACGGAAAGAAAUGAUUUCAUGGACUUGAUUUUAGCUUUGAGACAGAAAGAGAUUCAAUGCCGAACUAAGACCGAUGAAAAUUUAAAACUAGAUAUGAAUGAUAGCGUAAUUUCAGCACAGUCAUUUGUUUUCUAUGCAGCCGGGUAUGAGACAAGUGCUUCUACUAUGGGUUUCCUUCUAUACCAACUAGCUUUGAAUUCAAACAUUCAAGACAAAGUAAUUGAAGAGCUAGAUGCAGUCCUAAAGAAAUAUAAGGGAGAAUUAUCAUUAGAAGCUAUAUCUGAGUUAAAUUAUAUGGGGAAAGUAUUUGAUGAAACACUUAGAAUGUAUCCGAUCAUAGAUAAGUUGAAAAGAUGUGCUCAAACGGACUACCUGGUGCCUGGGACUGAGGUUAUGAUAAAGAAGGGGCAGAUAGUGAUAGUGCCUGUGCACGGGAUCCAUUUUGAUGAGAAGUACUACCCGAAUCCUGAGGUGUUUGACCCGGAGAGGUUUUCUGCAGAGAAUGUGGCUGUGAGACACUCUUGCGCUUAUAUGCCAUUUGGAUUAGGACCGCGGCAUUGCAUAGGUAUGCGUUUCGCGAUCGUCCAAUCCAGAGUGUGCCUGGUCAAGCUGCUUUCUCGCUUCCGCGUGACUCGCUCUUCUAACACCAAGAGCUCCUGCGAUUUUUCACCCACAAGACUGGUUUUAUACCCUGAAGGAGGCAUCAAACUUAACUUUGUUAGGAGGUAACUGAAACAGAUAUCGUAGAUAGACAAAAGAAAGAGCGAUUAUUUAUUUAAUUCCAUUGAUGGCCGAGAGGGAAUCGAACCUGGGUCUGGGCCAGGGGUACCUAAAAGCUAAAAAUUACAAAUCAUUUUCUCAAAUCAAAUUUUCUCUUAGGAGUUAGAAGGAGUAAAAGAUUAGAUUGCUAAGGACAUAAUGUGUACUCGUACAUGGU